CUCGUCCAUCCUCAUAGAAACAGCGGAGACUGACCGCUGAUGACACACCGUGUGUCAAGAUAACCUGAAACGGAUCCCCAGCACAUUUCAACAAAAUGCUUCCGGAGUUGUCCAACCCCUCGGUGUGUAUGAGGGACCCUCAGAGGGUGCAGGAGAUCCUUGAGUCCAUGCAGAAGGCUGGGUCUAACACUUUACAGGUCAUCUCAGAUUUUGACAUGACCCUAACAAGAUUUGCAUAUAAUGGGAAAAGAUGUCCUACCUGUCAUAAUAUUCUUGACAACAGCAAACUAAUCUCCAACGACUGCAAAGAAAAGCUGAAGAAUCUGCUCGACACAUACUACCCCAUAGAGAUUGACUCUACACGGUCAGUAGAUGAGAAGCUGCCCCUCAUGGUGGAGUGGUGGACUAGAGCUCAUGAUCUAUUGGUAGAGCAGCGCAUCAAGAAAGAUCUGUUGGCAACGGCGGUGCGGGAGUCUGAAGCGAUGCUGAGAGAUGGCUACCAGCUGUUCUUUGACCACCUGUAUGAGCACAGCAUCCCUCUGCUCAUCUUCUCUGCUGGGAUAGGAGACAUCCUGGAGGAGGUGAUUCGCCAGGCUGGGGUCUUCCACCCCAACGUCAAAGUCUUCUCCAACUACAUGGACUUUGAUGAGUCUGGAGUGUUGAAGGCUUUCAAGGGAGAGCUGAUCCACAUCUACAAUAAAAGAGAAGGUGCUCUGCUCAACACCGGUCACUUCCAGGAGCUGCGGACGCGGCCCAAUGUGCUGCUGUUGGGAGACUCUUUGGGAGAUCUGACCAUGGCAGACGGGGUUCAGGACAUAGAGAACAUCCUCAAGAUCGGGUUCCUCAAUGACAAGGUGGAGGAGAGGAAACAGUCUUACAUGGACUCGUAUGACAUUGUGCUGUUAAAGGAUGAGACUUUGGAAGUCUCAAACGCUAUAAUGCUCUACCUCACUGGCAACAAGUGAAUUGAGGAUGUUUUUAUCACUGGUAAUUUAGUAUUGGACACUCCGGUGCCAUCAGCUGAGGAAACUCCUGCUCAGAAUGUGCCAGUUGGAGGUUUACAGCCAACUUUUUCCCUUUUUUUUUUAUACAGUUUGACUAAAAGCUAAAUAUUGUGUGCAUGAGUCUAGGAUAGAGACAAGUUGUUUUGCCAGACUGUUCACAGGUCACAUAGACAACCACAGGUCUCAUCCACCACUGCACCCUUUUUUAUAUCAUUGUCCACACAAGCUUUCCCCUCGUGGUUGUGGGUAAACUGUUUUUGGAUCAACCUGUAUUUGGUGGAAGGCAGAUUUAAACUGUCUACCUACUGUGGAGCAUGUAAAGUGUGUAUACUGUAAUGGGUGUUUGUUUUUUUUUGUUUUUAAUUUGUUUUGGGGAUGGUAGGUUUUGUCAGUUCAUUCAUACAGAAUGUAAUGUGACAGGGAAGGAAAACAAUGCACAACAUAAAUGGCAGCACAUUACGUGGCAUUUGGUGUCAAACUCAUUUCUGGCGUCUUGCAAUAAAACCUGUCAGGAAACUUUUAACUGGAAACCUGACGUUUAAAAAAAAAAC